CGGCGCGGAGCGGACGAUGGAGAAUUUCACAGCACUCUUCGGGGCUCAGGCUGACCCGCCACCGCCUCCAGCCACACUCGGUUUCGGCCCAGGAAAGCCCCCGCCCCCGCCUCCGCCUCCUCCGGGAGGAGGACCCGGGGCUGUCCCGCCGCCCUCUGCGGCCACAGCCCCUCCUGGCGCCGACAAGUCAGCGGCUGGUUGUGGCCCCUUCUAUCUGAUGCGGGAACUGCCUGGCAACACUGAGCUAACAGGCAGCACCAAUUUGAUUACACACUACAACCUGGAACAUGCCUACAAUAAAUUCUGUGGGAAGAAGGUGAAAGAGAAGCUAAGUAAUUUCCUUCCUGACCUGCCAGGAAUGAUCGAUUUGCCUGGAUCCCAUGACAACAGCAGCCUCCGCUCCCUCAUUGAAAAGCCUCCCAUUCUUGGUGGAUCCUUUAACCCUAUCACAGGGACCAUGCUGGCUGGCUUCCGCCUCCACACUGGCCCGUUGCCAGAGCAGUGUCGUCUGAUGCAUAUUCAGCCUCCCAAGAAGAAGAAUAAGCACAAACACAAACAGAGCCGGACCCAGGAUCCUGUCCCCCCAGAAACACCAUCUGAUUCAGAUCACAAAAAGAAGAAAAAGAAAAAAGAGGAGGAUCCUGAACGGAAAAGAAAGAAGAAAGAAAAGAAGAAAAAGAAGAAUCGACACAGUCCAGACCACCCAAGUAUGGGCAGUUCCCAGGCCAGUAGCAGCAGUAGCCUCCGCUAA